AAUUUUGUAGGUGCAUUUUAGAGUGUUUCAAUUAAUAUGAUCAGAAAGCACGCCUUUUGCAUGCGCGGUAACAGAUCCCUGCAAGCAAUUGAUCCCGAAGUCACGCAACUGACACUCACACAUAUGGUGAAUUCUUCUUGCGUGUUUAUAAUUCCAUACGUAAUGCGAGUCAUGAGAAAACUUCAUUGUUUUCUCCUGCAGUAUUAGCUGCAAUGACCAGUUUAUUUUUCUUUUUGCUUGGUUCUCUAGACCUGAUAUUCUCUACUGCCCAAGCAACUGUGAAGCUACCAAAAAAUGUUACAAUUCCUGCUGUUUUUAUGUUCGGGGAUUCAAUCGUUGAUACAGGCAACAACAACAACCUUGUAACAAUUAUUAAAAGCAAUUUUCCCCCGUAUGGAAGAGAUUUUAUGGGAGGAGUGGCUACCGGAAGAUUUGGCAAUGGCAAGGUGCCCUCAGACAUCGUUGUGGAGGAACUGGGAAUCAAAAAACUUUUGCCGGCGUAUCUUGAUCCGAAUCUCCAAGAGAAGGACUUUGCCACCGGAGUAAACUUUGCUUCAGGCGCUUCAGGAUUCGAUCCAUUAACAUCUGAGAUGAUGUCUGUUAUACCGCUAUCGGAACAAUUGCUACUGCUGAAAGAAUACAAAGAGAAGCUGAAAAAUUAUGUUGGAGGAAAGAGAGCAAAGAGCAUUGUAAGCAAGAGCCUACACUUUGUGGUAACAGGCAGUGACGACCUAGUGAAUACCUACUUUCAUACACCCGCACGCUCCUUGCAAUACAAUAUAGAUGCCUACAUUGAUUUUAUGGUGGCCGAGGCUUCAGCCUUCGUGCGGGAAUUAUAUGCAUUGGGAGCACGGAGGAUUGUCAUUUCUGGGCUACCACCGGUUGGAUGUUUGCCAUCAAUGAGAACUGUAGACGGAGGUUCAGAAAGAAAUUGUGUUGCGAGAUACAAUCAAGCAGCAGAGUUGUUCAACUCCAAGCUAUCCGUGGAGGUGGACCGCCUUAACAAGCAGCUAUUCCAUGCCAAACUGGUCGUUUUGAUGGAUGUCUACGGUCCAUUCAUGGAUAUCAUCCUCAAGCCACAAAAAUAUGGAUUUAAAGUUGAAGACAAAGGUUGUUGUGGAACAGGAAGAAUAGAGGUUGUCAGAUUGUGCAAUCGAUUGUCUCCAAACACAUGCAACAAUACCAGAGAGUACGUUUUCUGGGACAGUUAUCAUCCAACUGAAAGAGUAUACAAGUUAUUUGUCCCAAAGUUACUCCAAAAGUGCAUUAACGACUUAUUCAGCCAAAGAUAAAGGGGUU